AUGAUUUAUUUUCCACCAAAUUUCUUUUUAUUUUCCAUUGCCAGGACUAACUUAAAGCUAGCAGUUAUGUUGAAGAAUAAACGCUUUUUUCAAUUUCAAUUUACAUCAAAGUCUAGAAAGAAAUGUUCUGCGAUAACUUCUACGAUAUAUUCACUUCAUUAUCAGGAAUAUCUAAUGCUACUUAUGUUUUGUUAA